AGCUCCCCCAGCGGCUCCUACCAGAACGUCACCAUCAUGGCAGCGGAGUGCGAUGUUUCUUCUGAGAUCGAGGUGCUGCAGUCGAUCUACCUGGAAGAGCUGCAGGUGGACAGGAGACACGACGGGGGCUGGGAGGUGAGUCUGGUUCUGUACCCGUCCACAGCGGAGGACUCCGUCUCUCAGUUUGUCCGUCUCACUCUGACCUUGACGCUGGAUCAGCAGUAUCCUUCGUCUUCUCCAGACAUCUCCAUUCAUAACCCUCGGGGACUUUCUGAUGACAAGCUCAGCAGUGUCCAGAAGUGUCUUCAGUUGGAGGCUCAGUCCAGUCUGGGCUCACCAGUGUUGUAUCAGCUCAUUGAGAAAGCAAAAGAAAUCCUGACUGAGAGUAAUAUUCCUCAUGGGAACUGUGUCAUUUGUCUUUAUGGAUUUAAGGAGGGAGAGACGUUCACCAAGACGAGCUGCUACCACUACUUCCACUCCCACUGCCUCGGGCGCUACGCCAGCCACUCUGAGAAGGAGCUCCGCCAGAGGGAGAGGGAGUUAAAGGAGGAUAAGACCAGGGAGAGGACAGACUAUCAGGAGCUGGCUGUGGUGUGUCCGGUGUGCAGAGAACCUCUGGCGUAUGAUGUUGCUCAGCUUCUGUCGUCUGCUGCGCCACAGCUGCCCGAGCUGGACGAAGCUGCGAUUGGGUCAAAUUUUCAAAAGAAGUGGGUCAGACUGCAGAAGCUUCUGGAGAAGCAGAGAUCUAAAGGAGGAAUCAUCGACCCAGAGGAGGAAUCAAAUCGCUUUCUGAUCCAUAUCAAUGAGGCUCCGUCUGAAAAUGGAAACCUGGACGUAGAUGUCUCCCCUGGCUCUCUGGCUCCGUCUGCCUCUACUGUGUCACCUGAGGAGACUGGAUUCAGAGUGGAUCAGUUCGAUCCUGGACUGUCCCACUGCAGAGGCAGCGGUCAGGGCCAGAGGCGUCAUAACCACUUUCGGGCCCCAAGGAGAGGAGGCCGGUUCAGGCCUCAGCACGGCCGAGCUGCCCCCGUCACAGAGCAGCUGGACAAACUCUCUCUGUCCUCAGACUGCACUGAAGGACCCAUCAAAGCUCCAGCUCAGGGGAGUCUCAGCUAUCACAUGCAAGUAAACGCAGAAUCGUGUAAGCUGAAGAUGAGCAGGGACGUCCCCGCUGAGCAAGAGACACUCGUUCCUCUGGACGUUCACCCAGGGUGCAAGUCCGGUUCGGAAAAUGAAUCCUCAAAAUAUGCAGCAGACUCUGCGGGCGGCCGUGGUCAUCGUGGAAGGAGGAGGGGUCCUCCCCGAUCUGUCCCACACAGCGGGGGGCCCGGGCCUGGUCGAUACCACUGGGAGGGGCGAACUCCAAGAAGCAGGGGAGGGGGCAAUAACCUCCACAGCAGAGGAGCUGCGCCCCAGCGGGGUCAGGGCAGUGGGUUCCAACAGAGGGUGGUGGAGAGAGAGGAGGUGCUAUGACAAAGGGCGACAGGAGGGCCGAUGAACAAAUGUAAAUGUGCCUCCACGAUGAGUUUGCAUCAGUUAAAGCCCUGCAGCAGAAACAACGUUCUCUGUAGUGUCCACUCCUCCAGGACGCCGCCCGCUCCCUGGUCUCUGAUUGGCCCUGACCCGCACACUGAGGUCAGAUGGCUGUUGUCUCUGGUUGUGAUGCAAUAUGAAUUGAGAGAAACACAAAUUAAAUUUUGUCUGGAU